CUCCCAGACUCUUUGUUGUUGCUGCAGCUGCUGCUGCUGCUGUUUGAGUCGGAUGCUGUUCCAUUUUUUUUUUUUCGUGAACAGGGAUUUAUUUAACCAAGGAAGGAACCACAUGUAAUAACGGAAGUAUAUUCCCACACAUCUGGACGGAGGUACAGAAAAGGGGUCAAUGAGAGAAAAGAGAUACCGCCAGAGGGUGAAGAGAAGGGGAGAAAAAGAGACAGAGGGAGCAAGAGGGGGAGAGGCAUAGCCUGGGUGUGAGAUCCGGGGACGGCAGUGCCAAAGGAAAAGUGAUUGAAAUUUCUGGAGCGUGUAGCUUAUCUUGGAUGCGCUUGCCGUGCGUCGGGGGUGAUGCUGUUGCUUGUUUUGCCUUCCCGGUAAGAAAUGCCUGCCACUAUUCCAUGAGAGGAUCAAAUCACCUUUUUACAACUAUAGGAAAGCCUGGGCUAAGUCGUUACUGCUUUCUGCAGCGCAUUUAUAUUCCCGUCGUAUCCUGAACAUAUCUGCCUGCACCGCUACAUAUUGUCUCCACAGUUUUGUACAUCUAAAAUUUGACCAAAGGAGUAGAUGGACAGUAAUUUCUGACACGCGGCGGCCCGCUUCAGCUGUCGAUACUAUCUUUUUCAUCAUGUCGAGAGGCUUGCUCCUCGAGACGGGGAUUGGACCUUUGAGUGGCUAUUACUUUUCAUUCUUCUGCUUCCUAACAAUCGCUUCACUGCAAGGCGUCAAGGCAUCUUACCCACAGAGCAGUGAAUGCCUGUCAGGCAAAGGGAAAGGCUGCAUUGACUACUCAGAGAAGAAAAGUGACUUGAGGGUGUGCGAUGACUCCACGUGUCGGUAUGGGGGCAUCUGCAGAGACGAUGGGGCUGACCUGAAGUGUGUGUGCCAGUUUCAGUGCCACAAGAACUACAUUCCAGUGUGUGGGUCCAAUGAAGACACCUACCAGAAUGAAUGUUACUUGAGACAAGCUUCUUGCAAACAGCAGAAGCACAUAUCAGUGGUGUCAGAGGGACCCUGCUACCCUGAUAAUGGCUCCGGAUCUGCAGAUGGAGAUUAUGAAGGAUCUGGCACAGACUCCGGCAAGAAGUUCACCAAGUGUGGAAGUUGCAAGUAUGGAGCAGAAUGUGAUGAGGAUUCUGAAGAUGUGUGGUGUAUAUGUAACAUUGACUGCAGUGGCCACAAUGACAACCCUGUGUGUGGGACUGACGGAAACUCGUACAACAAUCCCUGUCACGUCCGAGAGGCGUCCUGCAUGAAGCAGGAGCAGAUCGAUGUCAAACACCUCGGGAGAUGCCCAGAUAAAGAUAAAAUGAAGAAAGAAGAUGGAAAUGCAUACAAGCCUGAUCUUUUUGACACUGCUGACCUAGGAGAUGGUGUAUAUGCUGGAAUUCCCAUGCCUUGUUCCGACAGCUAUGCUGGAUUCUGCGUGCAUGGGUCAUGUGAACUCAAGUACAAUAUGCCCUCUUGUCGGUGCGACUCAGGGUACGAAGGUCAACAGUGUGACGAGAUCCAGGAUUUCAAUAUCUUGUAUGUGGUGCCCAGUGGGCAGAAGCUCCACUACGUCCUCAUCGCUGCCAUCAUUGGAGCCGUGCAGAUUGCCAUUAUCGUCGCCGUGGUGAUGUGCAUUACAAGGAAAUGUCCCAAAAACAACAGGGGACGUCGGCAAAAGCAAAAUCUGGGACACUUCACAUCAGACACUUCUUCCAGAAUGGUGUAGCCUGUUUCUUUUUGUUUUUUUUUGUAGGCUAAUGCAUUUUCUUACCACGUGGAAUAAUUUUUUUAUUGCAUUUAGUUUCUUGUUUCGAUACGAAGAAGAAUGAAGAUAUUUAUUUCAGGGGUCUUACUUCAUUUUCUUUUCCCCUCUCGGACAUUUGAGGACAUUUUGAACUCCUGGAGACUGUUUGAAAGAAACCAACAAAAAAAAAAAACGUUUUUCCUUUUUCCUGCUUGUUGAUUUAUUUUUGGUGCUUGUUACAGAAGGGGUUGCUUUUGCCACACAAUCCUUGAAUCCCAUGGUAAUUUUGGACUUCUGCCUCUCGUGGAAUGUGCUGUUUAUUAUGAACUCUCAACAACUUAACCAGAUUGCUCUUUUUCAUUUUAUUUUUAUGGGUUUUUAGUCUCGUUUUUUGCAAAUGACGUGCAGCUGAACACCAAAUGCGGUUUUAAAUGGGGCAUGGGCCGGCAAAGAAGACGUUUACAGUUCAUCUUUAAUAUGGAAUAUGUUAAAUGGAACACAAACUGUUUGAUUAAUUCAUGAUUUAAAUGUUUUUUUUAAUACUUAGCUUUUUAAAGUUUUAAUGUUAUUAUUAUCAGACUUGUUUUUAUUCUAAUUUAUGCAUAAUAUGGCAUGACUUGUGAAACUGUGUUCAGUGGUGUAGUUUUAUCAGAAUGAAAUGCUCUAUGUUCCAAACAGUUGUGUGACUUCCAGCUGAGCACUACCAUUUUAAUGUAUUCUACCACCAUUUCUCUAUUUGAAAAGACUUUGGUGUACAAUUUACCACAACCCCCGGAAGCUGUGAUUCACGGUUUUACAGAUGUGAGAAUGAUGUAAUAAUAAUAAUAAUAAUAAUAAUAAUAAUAAUAAUAAUAAUAAUAAAACAAGCAAUUUGUAGAAAAAUUAAGUGGAAUGUUCAAACAGAGGUCUCCUGUUUUUUAAAACGAAAUUGGAGAAGAUGGACUGUUUGUUUCUAGCAAUGACUGCUGCAGUGUUGCUAAUGUAAUAAAAUUUUAUACUUUAGAGUGAAGAAAAAAAACAAAAAAACAAUGAAAACAAAAAACAAAAAAACAAUGAAAACAAAAAAUCAACUUUUUCCAUUAACAUUUUAACUGACUUAUAAGCAAAUAUCAAAGGAAAUAUGUUUGAAACAUUUGCCUGAGAAUAGUACAUUUAUUUUAGAAAAUAAAAUGUAAGCGAACUUAAAAUCACACAUUCGCAAACAUAAUUGUUACUAAUCAUUUGCCUGUCAAAAUGCAUUCUGGUAUUUUUAAAUAUGAAAAAACAAAGGUUUUAAGUUCAUUCCUAAACAAAUCACACAAGGACAAAAGAGCACAGUUGCUAGCUAAUGACAAUGGUGUCCAAAGCCAUGAACUCAGCUGGCAAAUAAAGGGUUAAUGUCUAGCGUUUGACUGGUGGGGUCUGCAGGAUAGGUCUUUGUCUGAUGUCAUCUGGGUGUGGUGAUCUACAUGUUGUUAGCUGUUCAGAGGUGAUUUAAUGUGAGUAGAAUAUGUCUGUUUGAAAUGUCAUUAAUACGCUGCAUGUAGGACUUUAUAGUUGCCUUUUUUGUCUCAAACAAUAAAAAAUAAAAAAUUAAA